AUGUUCUCUGAGCCUUCGAGUCCGGAACAGCGGCAGCAACCACCCCAACAGACGUCCACAUCAUACACGGAAUACCCUGAGUUUUGGAAUGCUCAAACCCCUGCUGUCCCAACUGCGCCUUCCACAUCCUCUUGGGAGCAGGAGUGGGCCACAGGACACACAGACUCUCAGGGCUGGCCCUCUUCUCAUCUUCUCUAUUCAUCACCCGAGAGUGUCAGGCCACCUGAUCAGUUCACUACGAGUGGCAGUGGACCGAUCCACGCGAAACCCCCCUACUCUUACAUAUCUCUCAUCACGAUGGCCAUCCAGUACUCUCGAAGGAGGAUGUGCACCCUCUCGGAGAUUUAUGAUUUCAUCACAAACUUAUUCCCUUACUACCGACACAAUAAACAACGCUGGCAAAACUCAAUUAGACAUUCACUUUCAUUCAAUGAUUGUUUUGUCAAGGUGGCUCGAGGGCCAGACAGACCAGGAAAGGGGUCCUUUUGGACACUUCAUCCAGAUUCCGGUAACAUGUUUGAUAAUGGAUGCCACCUCCGCCGCCAGAAGAGAUUUAGGGAUCCAGCACGGGAGGCGGCAAGGAUAGAAAGAAAGAGAAAAUCCAAAGGAGUGUCCGCGGCAAUAAAGAAGGAGGACGAUGAGGAGGAGGCUGAGGCGGUGGUGGUACCACAAAACUGCGAAUGGAGACAAGAAGUGGUCGGGUGGACUCAAGAAAGUCAUCCUACAUGGUGUUUUUGUGAGCCCCCUCCCCCGCCUCCACCUCCACCACCUCCUCCACCACCACCACCACCACCUCCUCCUCCACCACGAUCUGCGCUGCCGCAGCCAUCGUCCUCUCAGUCCUGGUGGAACUCGGUGGCGUUUGAUGCCUCCGCGACUACCAUCGGGGCAUCACCACCGACACCGCUUUCUACUCUACCGUCAGAAUAUUACUCCUAG